CAUAAAGCUACACAGGAAAGAAAAGAUUGAAUCCAUAAAUGUCAAUGGAACAGAAGUAGUCAUUGAUGUUUGCAAACAAAGAAAUAUCCCAAGGCUGAUAUAUACUAGUACGGUGAAUGUGGUGUUUGGAGGGAAUCCCAUUGAAGAAGGAGAUGAGGAAACUGUACCAUAUUUUCCACUAGAAAAGCAGGUUAAUCCUUAUUCUAGAACCAAAGCAAUGGCAGACCAAAUGAUCCUUGCAGCUAAUGGAACCCCACUAAAAGGAGGCAAUGAGCUCCAUACAUGUGUUCUUCGCCCACCAGGCAUCUAUGGACCAGAAGAGCAAACACUCCUGCCACGACUAUUAAAGAAUAUUGAAAGGGGGCUAAGUAAGUUCAAAUUUGGAGAUUCCACAACUCAGAUGAACUGGGUUCAUAUAGCAAAUCUUGUACAAGCUCAUCUCUUAGCUGCUGAAGCUCUCACCCCCGAGAAGGGUUAUAUAGCGAGUGGUCAGGCGUAUUACAUACAUGAUGGCGAGAAAGUCUCCUUUUCCGAAUGGAUAAUUCCGUUAUUUGAAAAAUUAGGUUACAGUGAGCCAUGGAUACGUAUUCCUGCUUUCCUCAUUUAUAUAGCAGCCACAGUGACGGAAUGCCUGCACCUGGCAUUGAAACCAGUUUUUAGCUUUACACCUUUCCUGACCAGAAAUGAGGUGUGGAGCGUCACUGUAACUCACACAUUCCGAAUAGACAAGGCACGUAAACAGCUAGGUUACCGCCCAAAAAAAUUUGCAUUUGCUGAUUCUGUGGAUCAUUAUCUUCAAAGUAGACCUAAGUGCCAGGACCAUCAUAAGUUCCUUAAAAUCUGCCUUGUCCUUGGCACCUGUUUAUGUUUGAUCUUCCUUGUUUUACUUUCUUAAGCAUACACUUUUACGUAGUUAUUUCAAGGAAAGCUACCAUUAAUUUGUUUGAGUAUAAAUACGCUAAUUUUAAUCAGUCACAGUGUAUUCCUCAGUCCACAUGAACUUAACUUACUCAAAGAAUAAUGAUUUGCUGUGAUGUAUUUUGAGCUGUUUUUGCUAUUUAAGAACAAUUAGUGAUAGGCCAUUUUUUUUAUUUAAGGUUGUAGCUACUACAUUUUUAAAAUAUAAUAAAGUUGCAAGGCCACAAGGGACCACCAUUGACAAAUGCAGGAACCAGAGCUGCUGUUUCUAUUUGCUUGAUCUCAAAAGAACUUCUUCUGAAAAUGCAACAUAGUCCUGUGGCACCUUAUAGACUAACAGACGCAUGCAUCUGAC